AUGACCAAUCCUAUUAGUCUCAAGUGUUGUUUUCCAGAUGGUAAAUAUUUUAAUAUUGAAAUAUGUAAGGAAGAUAAGGUUACCACACUUAAAAAAGCGAUUGAAGGUCUGUUGGUAAAUCAAGGUCACCAAGAACUUUCUAUUCAUUUCAAUCUCUACGCAAUUAUUCCUAUGGAAUCGACAGCCGAAGUUUCUGAAUAUUUCAAUGCAACUCCUGAUCCAAAACAAGUUCAUGUUAUCUAA